AUGACUAUGAUUCUCUACGGCUUUGACGCUUCGACGUUUAACGCAGUCCAAGGCUACGCCGAAUGGAAAGAAUACUUCCACCACCCUAACCCGAACGUUAUUGGCAGUGUCACGACCGCUUACACUGUCGCAGCAAUUGUGGGAGGUUUCUUCGUUUCGCCUUGGAUGUCUGACACUUUCGGUCGUCGAAUGAACAUCAUUUUUGGAUCUGUUCUCGUCAUUGCCGCGACAUGCCUACAAACAUUUGCGCCCCGAGUUAUUGGCGCGUUCAUCGCCGGACGUGGCAUUAUUGGAUUCGCACAGGGUGUUGCUCUCCCCGCUGCUGCAACGUACAUAUCUGAGGUAGCGCCGACGGAGAUUCGCGGCAAAGUCCUUUCUUUCUAUCAGUUGUUCUAUUCGGUUGGGUCCUUCAUUUGCUUCUGGGUCUCGUUCGGUACAACCAAGACCCCACAACUGGGAGAAUGGCGAUGGAAGACAGUGGUAUUCUUACAAGUUCUUGCUCCCAUCGCAUUGUUGGCAACGAUGCCUUUUGCUCCCGAGUCACCACGUUGGUUGGUCCAGCACGACAAAAUUGACCAGGCGCGCGCAUGUCUCCAGAAGGUCCGUGCUGAGUCCGAGGUAGAAUCCGAACUCCUCGCUAUCCGUGAAGCCAUUGCAUUUGAGAAACAACAAAUGUCCGGCGUGAGCUACGCGCUGUUCUUCACGGAACCGUCAAUUAGGUGGCGUUUCUUCCUCGCGUGCGUCAUCAACUUCGGACAGCAGGCAACUGGUCAAGGCUCUUUGAAUAACUACUCGACCAUCAUCUACCAAAAGGUUUUUGCUAGCAACAGCACUAUUCAGCUAAUCAACGCGUUGAACGCCACAAUGGGAAUCUUGUUCACACUCAAUGCAACAUGGAUGGUUGAGCGCUUCGGACGCAGGCAAAUCCUCAUCGGUGGUGCACUUGGCCAGGCACUGUGCAUGUUCAUUGUUACGCUUGUGGGAUCUCAAACGCCUACCACCGCGACCGGCGGCAAGUCUAUGGGCGUUGCGGUCGCCAUUGUUAUUCUAUUGUUCUCCUUCAUUCUGUUCUACAAGCCUUCAUGGGGUGCGACCGUCUGGAUUUACUCCUCUGAAAUCUUUAGCAUGAAGGUACGAGCCACCGGAGUGGCAAUGGCAACCCAAACCCAAAACGUUGCGAACGCCAUCUUGCAGCAAGCCUUCCCUGUAUUCCUUGAGAAGGCCAAGUGGUACACAUUCUUCUUUUUCAUGGGAUUCAACCUCUUCCUUGCUGCGUUUUGCUACUUCCUCCUCCCUGAGACCAAGGGUGUUUCGUUGGAAGACAUCGAUACACUCUUCGGAGGCCAGAACCAUCGUGAAGCUGGUGAACGCAUGGAGCAGAACGGUGUGAUGGAGGCCGUGGAGAAGGGCGAUAUGAGCGCACGACCCAAAUACGAUGCCGAUGACCGCUCGGGAUCUAGCGAAAAGGAGUCCGCUCAACAUCUUGAGCAGAGGGCGUAA